UUAUACCAUUCCUAUAUUCAGAAAAGGCCGCAAGAAAACAUUGGAUGUGGAAGACCUGUAUAAUCCUCUUGAUAAUGAUAGAAGUACGCUGUUAGGAAAUCGACUGGAGGUGAAUUGGAAGAAACAGGUAGAAAAUGCAAAAAUUAACCCGAAGAAAAAACCCAGUCUUUUCAGAGCUAUUCUCAAAACGUUCUGGUUUGAAAUAGCUAUGUUAGGAAUUCUCCUGGGAAUAGCAGAUCUCAUACUGAAACCAACCAGUCCGUUGAUGCUGGGAAAAAUGUUAGAAUUUUAUAGUCCAAAUACGAAAACAACUAAGGAAGAAGCUUUAUUUUAUGCUGGUGGUAUAGUAUUUUUGAAUAUUUCCUCAACAGUGAUUUUUACCCAAUACAUGAUGAAUGCAAUUCAUACCGGAAUGAGAGUGAGAGCUGCUGUUAUUGUGUUGAUUUAUCGAAAAGCUGUGAAACUCAGUAGAACAGCCCUUGGAGAGACACCUGCUGGUAAAGUAGUGAAUUUAUUAUCUAAUGAUGUUGCCCGAUUUGACUUUGCUUCUGUCAUGUGCCAUCAAUUAUGGACUGGACCGAUAUCUGCAAUCAUUGUUAUGACAUAUUUAUAUCAAGAGGCGGGUUUACCUGGUGUUGCAGGAAUAUUGACGAUAGUGAUAAUGAGUCCCCUACAAGGUACCUUCGAAUGA